UCGUGGGUGUUUCCGGAUUUGUAGCUGAAAAAGGUGUGGUGAGUUGAGCAAACUGUGAAAUUCCUCCUUGGACAUCAAUCGUUCAUACUCUCGCUUUAGUUGAAGACUUUUCUCUAAAUACUCUACAAUGUCUGUGUGGGAUGACUUGGAAUCGCUCUUGGACUCCCCCUCCUCACUGACUGUGACAUCCGGUUCAAGAGGAACUGUGAAGGACAAGCCAAACUUUAAAGUGGAUGAAGAUGUGUCUGCACUGAGGAAGGCCAUAGAGGGCCUUGGUACGACAGAAAAAACAGUGAUUGAGGUGUUGACCCAAAGAAGCAAUGCUCAGCGUCAGCUUAUUGCCAAAGCCUACGAGAAGGCCACAGGAAGGAAAUUAGUAGAUGACCUGGAGGGCGACACCCACGGAGACUUUGAGGACUUGCUGGUUGCCUUGGUAACGCCUCCUGCUCUCUAUGACUGUCACGAAGUAAUUGGAGCCAUCAAGGGAGCAGGCACCACAGAGAGCACGCUGACAGAAAUCUUCUCCUCGAGGUCCAACAGACAGAUUAAAGCCCUGUCUGAAGCAUACCUGGCAGAGACGGGAAAAUCAAUGAUUGAAGAUCUUAAGUCGGAGGUUUCUGGAGAGUAUGGAAAAGCACUGCUGAUAUUGGCUGAGGGGAAGAGAGACGAGAGCCCCCAUGCGGAUGCUGCCAAAGCUCGAGCAGAUGCAAAGGUGCUGUAUGAAGCAGGGGAGAAGAAGUGGGGAACGGAUGAGGAGAAGUUCAUUGACAUCCUGUGUCACCGGAGUAUCCCCCAGCUCCGACAGACUUUGGUCGAGUACAAGAAUAUUAGCAAGAAGACUCUGCAGGAGAGCAUUGAGAGCGAGAUGUCUGGAGACCUGGAGAGGCUGCUGGUGGCUGUCGUGAAAUGUGUGAAGAACGUUCCUGCAUACCUCGCGGAGUUACUUUUCAAGAGCAUGAAGGGUGCAGGGACCACGGAGUCCAUCAUCACCAGGAUAAUUGUCAGUCGCUCUGAGAUUGAUUUGUUGGACAUCAGAGCCGAGUACAAGAAGCUGUUUGGAUAUUCCCUCUACUCCCAGUUAGAGUCUGAAGUUUCAGGCAGUUACGGAGACGCCCUCAAGCAUCUCUGUGGCCAAGAUGACUAACUCCUCCCGACUCCUGUGAUGAGAAACACGUGGUGUAGAGUGCAGCAUUACUCCAUUAGGAAGGAAGAACUACAUGUCACUGACCGUUUCAUGCCGAUGAUAUAUUUUUCUAACACUGGCGAUAUCUUGAACUGAUCUAGAAAUGCUUUUUAAAAGAAUUCCAGUAAUGUGCAACCAGACAUUGAUGUAACUUCAGUACUAUGCAGAAAGCAUCAAGAGUUAGGAAGCUGAUGUUCAUGGACGUUAAGAUCCUGAUAAAUAUCUAAAUGUAAAGUUGUCUGUAUUCCAUGUGACUAAUAUAACAGAUAUCUUCUAGUAUAUUGCCAGCAGUUGCACACGAAUAGAGAUUGUCCUAAUUUUCACAUUUAACUAAAUAAAAGCACUAUAUUCUACUG